CUCAAAGUUUGCGGCGGGCGGGCGGGCGCGGAUCCUCCAAGAUGCCGUUCCACCCGGUGACGGCGGCGUUGAUGUACCGGGGCAUCUACACCGUGCCCAACCUGCUGUCGGAGCAGCGCCCCGUGGACAUCCCUGAGGACGAACUAGAGGAGAUCCGUGAGGCCUUCAAAGUCUUUGACCGCGAUGGCAAUGGCUUCAUCUCCAAGCAGGAGCUGGGCACGGCCAUGCGCUCCCUGGGCUACAUGCCCAACGAGGUGGAGCUGGAAGUUAUCAUCCAGCGGCUGGACAUGGAUGGCGAUGGCCAAGUGGACUUUGAGGAGUUUGUGACCCUCCUGGGACCCAAGCUUUCCACCUCGGGGAUCCCAGAGAAGUUCCACGGCACUGACUUUGACACCGUCUUCUGGAAGUGCGACAUGCAGAAGCUGACCGUGGACGAGCUGAAGCGGCUGCUCUACGACACCUUCUGUGAGCACCUGUCCAUGAAGGACAUCGAGAACAUCAUCAUGACGGAGGAGGAAAGCCACCUGGGCACCGCUGAGGAGUGCCCCGUGGACGUGGAGACCUGCUCCAACCAGCAGAUCCGCCAGACGUGCGUGCGCAAGAGUCUGAUCUGCGCCUUCGCCAUCGCCUUCAUCAUCAGCGUCAUGCUCAUCGCCGCCAACCAGGUGCUGCGCAGCGGCAUGAAGUAG